CGGACAAUGUAACAACAAGGCCGUAAUACAUUUGGGAAACAGCGUUACGGGAUCCAGCCGGCCAUUCAAUUGAUAUCAACAGCGUCGCUUCGUCGCGAUAUCACCCAGUGAACAGCUGCUUUCAGCGCACGGUACUCACAGCAUACAAACAUGGCAGGAAAGACCCGGUUACCGACUCUUGGCGAGGUGUUGCACCGUCAAUCCGCCCCACCCGUUGAUCUUUUCAGUUUUUACCUCUAUAUGCGCGAUCAACAACGUAGUGUUGACUACCUUGACUUCUUCCUCGACUGCGAACAGCACCUCGCGUUAUGCCGCCUAUACGUCCGUGAACUACGACGUUCGGUAUUGAAUGCUACGCCAGACGUACCCGAAAAUAACGAAAAAUCCCAUUAUUCUGAAGCACCGAGAAGUAGUGAUGAAUUUGCGUACGAGAAGCAGGGUGAUCGUGCGAUCAGCCCCUUUUUGAGGAGUCAUCCCAUGCAGGGAGGAGCUUCGGUUGAGAGCUCGCCGACAUUCACGCAAGAGGGUGUGCCGGUGAAUGCAGCAUACGACAAAGCCGAGAAUCGCCAGAGUUGGAGAUCGUCGUUGUCGAGGGAAGGUGCGCAGGGACUUGCUCCGAGCCCGGAGCAUACAGUCAAUCGCGCGGAUAUUAGGGCUUCUGCGGAGAGGAUUUUGUAUACGUAUCUUGUCAGGGGAGCGGAGAGGGAGAUUGCGCUGCCGAGCCAUAUUCACCAUGGUGUGAGUAACGCCAUUGAAGUGGAUGGACGUGAUGAUCCGGAGGUGUUCGAUGAUGCGAAGGAGUAUGUGUUUCAGGCGAUGGAGAGGGAUGCAUUCCCAGGAUUCUUGAGAGCGAAGGCGUUAGGGAACUUGGUACCGCCGUCAGCGCUGUUCAGAUUGAUUCUUGGGUUGAUGGCCAUGUUUGGAGCAUUCUGGACGGCAUUUUCGUUGAUUUUCCUCAAUUAUUCGAAGAGUACGAGAGUCUGGGUCCUCCUUCCAUUCUUCGUCGGUGUGUAUGCUCUCAUGUCACAUCAAUACAACCUCGACCCAUUACUUGCAUUGGCGGGUUUGAGCGAAUCUACGUUCAUGUCUUUCAUGCGCAUUCGUGAGCCAUAUGUUCGAUCAUUACUUAGCCAACGUGCAAUCUGGAUGUUAGCCCUAAUUUGUGUCAUCACGGCAGCUCUGACUUUGAUAUUUUCGUUGGUACCCGGACACAGGCUAUGACGGGCCUAUGCAGACGCACUCGCG